AAAAGCAUUACGUUAAAUUGCUGUUCUGAUAUGCCUUAUUGCAGCAAAUACCACUGGGUCAUGGACAACAGAACCAUGCGGUGGCAAAAUGACAGAUAGGAAGGGUGAAUUGUUUAGCCCACAGUACCCUAAUAACUACCCUAAUAAUGCACGGUGCACAUGGACCAUUCACAGCACAGCAAACACAACUGUGUCCCUGACCUUCAACAAUGUUAGUUUGGAAUCAUGCUGCGAUUACAUCAGAGUGCAUGAUGGUCCUUCUACCCUCUACCCUUCACUGGAGGAAAUACGGAACUACAGGAAUCAGUCUAUUAAAUCCACAGGCAACACUCUGACUGUGCUUUUCUACAGUGACAGCAGUGUAACAAGCAGAGGAUUUCAUGCAAACUGGACCUUCGUAGAUCCUCCCUCAGACGACCCCUGCUACCGCUACACAGUACUAGAUGAUCCUUGGAGAGCCACCACUUAUAAUGGAUCGUCCUUAAACUGUGACACGGCUGUGAAAUGGUUUGGCUGGUAUCGUCUCUUCUUCAAUGGCCGGAGUGUCCAGAUGCCAGACAGAUGUGUUGAUAAGUACAGAUGUGGCACUCAUGCCCCCCUGUGGUUAAACGGUCAACACCCAAAAGUCGGCGAUGGAGUGGUGACCCGAGAUGUCUGUGGUCACUGGUCGAAUAACUGCUGUUAUUUCAGAUCUGCUCCUAUUAGAGUGAAAGCCUGUCCUGGAGAUUAUUAUGUCUAUGAGUUUGCUGAGCCACCUGUCUGUAAGCUUGCAUACUGUGCAGAUGUUGAAAAGCUCAACACCAGCUAUACAACUGUUACACCAGAGACCCUCUCAUCAGCAAAUACCACUGGGUCAUGGACAACAGAACCAUGCGGUGGCAAAAUGACAGAUAGGAAGGGUGAAUUGUUUAGCCCACAGUACCCUAAUAACUACCCUAAUAAUGCACGGUGCACAUGGACCAUUCACAGCACAGCAAACACAACUGUGUCCCUGACCUUCAACAAUGUUAGUUUGGAAUCAUGUUGCGAUUACAUCAGAGUGCAUGAUGGUCCUUCUACCCUCUACCCUUCACUGGAGGAAAUACGGAACUACAGGAAUCAGUCUAUUAAAUCCACAGGCAACACUCUGACUGUGCUUUUCUACAGUGACAGCAGUGUAACAAGCAGAGGAUUUCAUGCAAACUGGACCUUCGUAGAUCCUCCCUCAGACGACCCCUGCUACCGCUACACAGUACUAGAUGAUCCUUGGAGAGCCACCACUUAUAAUGGAUUGUCCUUAAACUGUGACACGGCUGUGAAAUGGUUUGGCUGGUAUCGUCUCUUCAUUUAUGGCCAGAGUGUCCAGAUGCCAGACAGAUGUGUUGAUAAGUACAGAUGUGGCACUCAUGCCCCCCUGUGGUUAAACGGUCAACACCCAAAAGUCGGCGAUGGAGUGGUGACCCGAAAUGUCUGUGGUCACUGGUCGAAUAACUCCUGUCAUUUCAGAUCUGCUCCCAUUAGAGUGAAAGCCUGUCCUGGAGAUUAUUAUGUCUAUGAGUUUGUUGAGCCACCUGCCUGUAAUCUUGCAUACUGUGCAGAUGUUGAAAAGCUCAACACCAGCUAUACAACUGUUACACCAGAGACCCUCUCAUCAGCAAAUACCAUUGGGUCAUGGACAACAAGUAGCUGGCUGUAUUCUACUCGAAGGUUUUUAGGAUAUCCAGUUUCUCAUCCUCAGUGUGGAGGACAUCUGUUUGGCUCUGGGAUGUUUUCCAGUCCAAACUACCCAAACUAUUACCAUGACAACGCCUACUGUGUGUGGUAUCUUUCUGCUCAGCAAGGACAGAGGAUCUUCUUGACAUUUACUGAUGUGCAACUCAAACGCUGCUGUGACUGUGACUACAUUACCAUUCACGACGGCUCUUCCACUGGUUAUCCACAACUGGGAAAGGUCUGCUUCAAUGAGACCACACAUCAGGCAUUUCACUCUUCUUCACGAUACUUGACUGUUGUCUUCAGAAGUGAUUACACUAGUGUCAGCCAUGGUUUCCAGGCCCUUUUCACCAGCUCUCUAACUGCAAAUGAAGGCAGUGUGGAUUGUACCUCAGACAACAUGGUUAUUGUCCUACAGAGUUCUUACCUGAACUCACUUGGGCUGAGUGGAAAUGACCUUUAUGUGGAUGACCAUCUAUGCAGACCUAAUAUUAGCAGCACUGAAGUUGUGUUCAGAUUCCCCCUCGACACAUGUGGAACCGCCAAAGAGACGAUGAAUAGCUUUUUGUCCUACACCAACAAUGUACGGGCAUCUCAGUCUCAGUCGGGUGAAAUCACUCGUCAGUCACUGCUUUUUCUGCAUGUGGGCUGCCGAAUGGAGAAGGACACUAUGGUGCAGAUCUUCUACAAGGUCAAAGAAACUGUCAAUGCCAACAUAACAGGAACGGGCCGCUUCAAUGCCAGCAUCGCCCUCUACACCUCUAGGAACUUCACCCAGCAGAUUUAUGACUCUCCAUAUGAAGUGAAUCUGAAUCAGCAACUGUUUGUUCAAGUCAAGCUAACCAGAUCUGAUGAGAGCCUGGAUCUCUUCCUGGACACUUGUGUAGCAUCUCCAAAUUCCAAUGAUUUUAUAAACCGCUCCUAUGACCUGCUGCGUACAGGAUGUCCCAGAGAUAGCACAUAUCUUUCUUACACCAACGGAGUGGAUCAAUAUGCUCGGUUCAGUUUCCGGGCUUUCAAGUUCCUCCAGACUCAUGCCUAUGUGUACCUGCAGUGUAAGGUGAUCAUCUGCCCUGAUACUGAUUACAACUCUCGCUGCCGUAAAGGUUGCCAAUACCGUCGUAAGAGAUCCCUUGACAGCUCCUACAACACCAGUACUGUGAUGCUGGGCCCGAUCAAACUCAGAGGUCAGAGGCCAGUAGCAGGGCAAUGGUGUGAAGGAAUCUGAGAAGUCGAAGGAGUGAACUAAGCAUCUUCUUAAUCAUCUACUUAAUCUAACUGUUGCAUAACUGUACCUGAAUGACUGUUGAUUUAUUUUUGUAGUGCAAUAAUGUAUUAUGAAAAGUCUUUAUCACUGUUUUUCGGUCUUCAUUUUUUCUUAAGUUGCAUCGCUCUAGCUAGACGGCCAGACAAGAAGCUACGUUUACUGUUUUUUGCAUCUUGAUGUUAAAGCUAUAUGUUCCUUUUUUAUACCACUGUGUAUAAAAUUGCAUAUUAAUGAUGAAGCUAAAAACUAAAGUGCUUUUACGGAAUUAUUACUCUUAAAGCCAUUGGUUGAAGAUGCUAAUAAAUAAGCUGUACU